CCGGGUUGUUUCUGACCACAUCGCGACCAGCACUUCUCGCUCGCGCGUCGAGGAAGACACUCUAUAAGCUGAGGCGUGGUUACUUGCCGCCAUUCGAAGCCUCUGAGUCGUGCAGUGAAGUCACAGAUCUGCGAUAUGCCCGUCACCACCCGUCGCUCCAAGCGGCGUGCUUCACAGACUGUGAAUUCCAAACCCGCCGUUGACCCGGACGACAGUGACCAGUCCAAUACUGGCGAUCCUGGAGAAAAUACAAGUGACUGGGAAGAGGCGCGUGGGGAAGGCUCAAAUGCCAGCCGACGGAAGAAGCGUGCUCGAAGGACGACUGUUUUGGGGUUUUCUAAGGUCAACCGUCGCGGCAUCCGUAACCGGGCCGGGGCCACUAUAUUCCCCACACUCCCCUUAGACAUCAUCUUCGAGAUUCUGUCAUUGCUGACUCCCUUGGAGUUAGCUAACCUGGCGCAGACAAAUCAAGCAUUCCACGCAACGAUCACAUCUCCGCAAGCCUCCAAAAUCUGGAAGAUCGCGAGGAAAGCCGUCUGGAAUGUCCCCGAUUGCCCACCGAAGGUCUCGGAGUCCGCCUGGGCAAGAUUGAUCUACGGCGGAGCCAAAUGCCAGGUGUGCGGCACGCCUAAUGUACACAAGAUAGACUUCGCCAUCAUGCGGCGCGCGUGCGUGAAAUGCAAGAAGAAAAAAUUCGUUUACGCAGGCUUUUUUGCGAAACGCUACCCGGACUUCGAUGUUGGGAUCCUAGAACUGCUUCCGUACACAGACACCGGAGGAUGGUCCCAUGGACAUUCGCAUUCAAGAUCAAGAUUUUAUUGGGAGGAUGACAUCUAUGCCAUCGCGAAGAUUUACGGACAACUUCAAGGCGACAUCUAUUCGCGGAUUCCCGGCGCAAGCGAGAGGAUGCAGAAGUUCCGAGACGAGCGUGCCGAAUAUGUGCACACUGUUCUAGCACACGCCAAGGAAUGCCAGAAAUGGUGGGACAACUUCGAGACAAAUCGUGACCAAGACAAUCGUUCGCAGAUCCAAAGGCGAUAUGACGAAAUCUGUAGACGGUUCCGGGAGCUGGGAUACUUGGACCAGGACAUCCGGGCGAUUCAACGGCACAAUGAGUCGUACCGUACCCGUGACGUAACCGAGCGAGUUUGGAAUCGUAUCAGGCCUAUCCUCGAACCGUUGAUUGAUGUUGCACGAUGCAAGCGGGUAGAAAUGGGCCAGACGUAUGCCCUCGACGUGCGGAAACUCCUCGUCAACGUCGCAUACGAUAACUACAAGCGCACGCUGCGUCCUAUUGAGUGGAUCCAUCUCCCGCCGACCAAAUUCAUCUACGCCACCCCUGUUUUCCGCUCGUUGGUCUACGCAAAUUUUCACACCCCGCUCCAGCAGGCCGCGUGCAAUGAAGCUGCAAUACGACUUCCCGAAUACAUCGCAAGUUACCGCGAGUCGCUCAAUGCUUGCUUGCUGCAAUCUAUGGCAGGCAUGGGGGUUUUCGGCCGCGUCAACGAGCAGGCCAGGUUGCUACCAAUAGACCAAGGCAAUGAUCAGCUAUCUUUGGCCAGCUCCGUCUUCUCCUCCCACCGUUACAUGUGCCUCUCCUCGGCAGAUGCCUUGGCACAUCUGGCUUAUGACGGGAGCCCAGCGCAACAUCAUCAGCACGGGACGACGCAUUGGAUUGAUUUGUACGAGAAUCUAAAGAGGGCGUUCAGCUAUAACUCACGCGGGGCUUCGGUGGUGAAGGCGAUGAUUGCGGAGCUCGGUCUCGAUCCCAUGACUGUACGAUGCGAAGACCUAGACAGGUUGGACAGACGCUUCAUAUGCCAACUAUGCCGGCGUCGUGAGGCCCCACAGUCUCGGGACAGAGCGUACUCCUGGCGAACAGGUGUGACGCAUUUCCUGGAGAACAUGUCCCACUAUCUGCCUCUACAAAUUUUAUCACAAUCUAACUGGAAGGCGUUGAAUGAAGAUGAGUCCGCUGCUGUCCGCCGUGCGGAGGGGGCCGAUCCCGCCUGGCAGCAGGAGAUGUGGAGCUGCAAUCACUGCACCAUCCAUCUGAACAACCUGCAGACCUAUCCGAUGGUGUUGGAUCAUGUGAAAAAGACGCAUGCCCUUGAUACUCCGGAAGAGAACGUCGACCUCUUCCACUUGUAUCCAUCAGCGCGCCAGCGCCCAGACCCACUGCUUUUCCCUCUAAGAUUGACCAGCCCUGAGGAUGCAGAAGAACUGAUCGAGGAACUCAUAUGAAGGGCUGUGGACUGUAUGUGGUCUCGUACGAAGGACGAGUACGGUACGUGACAGAUGGCAUCGUAUGCUGUUUUGUUAUGUCUUAGCUGCAAGAGGUUUCUCAGUGUACAGUAUUGCCUGUGUUUGUGCCGACGAGAAGAGUUCGGAC